UCGCAGUGGCAGGAAAAAGAAGAAAUCCUCUCAACAGAUCGCUACGACCGUGUGUUUUGUCGUCUGUUGUCCGUCGAUUAAAGCACGCAGUUGGUUCUCAGUGAAACGAAGCAUGGCGGCACGAUUGAUAAAGAAAAUUACGGUCGCUCCGUUCGGUGCGCGUUCGUUUGCAUCUGGCUCGCGCAAAGUGACACUGAUUCCCGGCGAUGGAAUUGGGCCCGAAAUUUCCGCCGCCGUGCAGAAAAUCUUUUCCGUUGCAAAUGUACCAAUUGAGUGGGAAACGGUCGACGUUACACCGGUGCGGAAUCCCGAUGGCAAGUUUGGCAUUCCUCAGGGUGCUAUCGAUUCGGUGAACCGCAACAAGGUUGGCCUGAAGGGACCGCUGAUGACGCCGGUCGGAAAGGGACAUCGGUCGCUUAAUCUGGCCCUGCGCAAAGAGUUCAACCUGUACGCGAACGUGCGUCCGUGCCGAAGCCUCGAGGGUUACAAGACGCUGUACGACAACGUGGACGUGGUGACGAUCCGUGAGAACACCGAGGGUGAGUACUCCGGCAUUGAGCACGAGAUUGUGGAUGGUGUGGUGCAGAGUAUUAAGCUCAUCACGGAGGAAGCCUCGAACCGUGUGGCGGAGUAUGCAUUCAAAUAUGCCAAAGAUAACAACCGCAAGAAGGUGACGGUCGUACACAAGGCGAACAUUAUGCGUAUGUCGGACGGUUUGUUCCUGCGUUGCUGUCGCGAUAUGGCCCAGAAGUAUCCGGAGAUUAAGUUCGAGGAACGGUACCUUGACACCGUCUGUCUGAACAUGGUGCAGGAUCCGAGAAAGUACGAUGUGUUGGUAAUGCCCAACCUGUACGGUGAUAUUCUGUCUGAUAUGUGUGCCGGUCUGGUCGGUGGUCUCGGUCUCACCCCGUCCGGCAACAUGGGUCUGAACGGUGCGCUGUUCGAAUCGGUUCACGGUACCGCACCGGAUAUUGCUGGUAAGGAUCUGGCCAACCCCACUGCCCUGCUACUGUCGGCGGUCAUGAUGCUGCGACACAUGGAAUUGAACCAGCACGCGGACAAGAUCCAGGGCGCCUGCUUCGAGACGAUUAAGGAAGCAAAAUGGCUAACCGGUGAUCUGGGCGGUAAGGCCAAAUGUUCCGAGUACACCAACGCCAUCUGUGACAGAAUCAAGUAAAAGGAGCGUCCCCGUGGUAUGUUGGGCGAGAAGUGGGAAGGUUUUACGUGCAAGACAACGGCGACAAACUCCAUUUCCUGCCAUCGCCUAACCGUAAGCAUGCUACUGGUAGCACGCACCCUUUAUAAAACGCCAUAAUGGAAGUGACCGAAAGAGUAAUAGUGGCUGUUUCUAGUGAAUUACGAUGCAAGGGCAGAACGAGAAGGAAAAGCACUAACUAGCGAACUAUUUAUUUGUAAUUUUAAAAAGCAAACAAAAUCCUACACAACCACCCAUCGGUCCCGACGCACAGACGUGAGCGUUAGCGUGCGGUUCUUUCCCAGCGACAACCAAACAAAACAUAAACCGACAUUGGCUUCUUAAGAUGGGAACCAGUAUUAGGAUGCAUAACUAACCAUCAAACGUCCAAAGACCGACGAAGUAUCGAACAUUGUAACGACAUCCGAGCCUCCCUCAAAGAAAAACUGGAACGCAUACACAACCUCACCACCAUCCGCCUUGUUUUCCCAGCUCCUUUCGUUUUGCGCCAACAGACAAUAAUCAGUGCAGCGUGGCCAAUCGUCCUCUGCCGAUGCGCUAGGAACGAACGGUGUUGGAAAAGGAUAGCAACGAUGCAGUGUAGAGAUGGAGUUUUCGUUUAACGUUUUUUUUUCUCUGUUAAUUAGUCAUUAGCCAGGCGAAAUAGUGUUUAGUAGAUGGAUGGAACUAGGAAAAACUGAAUGGCGCAAAUCAAAGAUCUACCGCCCCAUGCGAAUGAUUGAAUGCAUUACAACUAAAGCCUCCCCGGAAGGGACUCAAAGCCAUGUUAGUCAAAACACAAAGCCACCAAUAGGAAAGAGAAAACGCCUGUCGACGGGAUGUAGGAUGCAGGAAAAGAAAACAACCGAACUUCACCAAAAAUGGAAAUAAAAUUGUCUCAAAAUUCGUUGAUUCAAACAAA